UUCAGCCAGUUUCAACUUUCAACUUUCAAAAUUCAAAUUUAAUGCACAGCACAACAUAUAAUAAAUAAAUUAUGAAAAGCAAAAAGGACCAAAAAAUGUUUUUUGAGUAUUAAAAGUAACUACUAGGACUUGUGCCCACGUUGCAUUUAAAAUAAACUAAAAUGCAGAAGAAAGCCCUAUACGUAAUUAUUUUCUUGUUAGUGUCUCUUGCUUUCUGGAUAUAUCGUACUUCAAAUAUAGAAUACGAAAAUACUAUUAUAAUAUUACAACAGAAUCAACAAUACAUAAACACAAUUAUAAUAUCUCCUUCAAACUCAACAUGUAGAAAUCCUCUACACAUAUUAAUCAUAGUUACUUCCUAUGUGGGCCAUAUUGAAUUACGCAGUGCACAUCGCCAAGCAAUGCCUUCAGAUUAUUUGGCAUCCAAAAAUGCUUCCAGAAUAUUUUUGCUAGCUAAAAUACCUUCUGUUGAGAGGUACAUAACACAAGCGGCCAUUGAAGAUGAGAGUAAAGCAUUUGGAGACAUACUGCAAGGCUCCUUUUAUGAAAAUUAUAGAAAUUUGACCUACAAGCACCUUAUGGGACUACAAUGGGCAUCAUCAAAAUGUAGCAAUACUGCAUUCAUUUUAAAAGUUGACGAUGACACAGUUUUUAACUUUGAUAAAACUGUUGAUUAUUUACUAAGCAUUCCUACCCAAGAUCAAUUUAUUAUGGGAUACAUUUUGAACAACACAUUACCGAGAAGGAAUAGUAAUAACAAAUGGUUUGUUACAAGAGAAGAAUACCCAAGACAAAAAUACCCAGCUUAUCUCUCUGGCUGGUUUUACAUAGUGAAUCCUAAAACUGCAGAAAUAAUUUGCAGUGAGGCCCCGUACCAUCCAUAUUUUUGGAUAGAUGACAUAUUAGUGACAGGGAUUUUGACUGAGUAUCUUAAUAUCAAACUACAACAAUUGCCAAGUGGUUUUUGGUUGGAAUAUUAUGAAUUGGUAGAGUGCUGUAUUAGAGACAUGGUAGAAAAAAAUAUACAAUGCCAAUAUGUUGUAGGACCAAAUGGUGGAAGACAUAACUUAUUAGUUGAAUUUACUAAUGCCUAUAGGAAUUGUAAAACUUCUUGUUCUAGGUCUGACCAACAAAAUAUAAAAGAUACAUGUAUUAUGAAAAGGGAUAGGACCAUAUUUAGUGAUGGAAUGGCAGAAGUAAAUAAGAUAGGGUUAUAAUUUAUAGGAAUGUAAAAAAUGAGUUAAAUCCUAACAUAAUUGUACAUGUUUAAUUCUGUGAUAAUAUUCAUUUAUACCAGUAAGAUUAAAGUUAAGAAAAUAAGUCAAAACAAAUAGUUGUGUCAUAUGUCAACAUUUAUUUUUAGCUACAUGGCAAAAUGUAACAUGUAACAGUUAAAUAAUUAAGUAUUAAAUAUAUAAGAAUUU